AUGUUGAAGGGGACUCGGACUGAGACUCGGGGUGAGUCGGUGGUCCUGGAUGCUGCAGCUCUGAGGCAGCAGAGGAGGCUGAAACAGGCGAUCCAGUUCCUGCACAAGGACUCGGCUGAUCUGCUGCCUUUGGAUGGGCUGAAGAAGCUCGGGACAUCGAAACAGGGGGUGUGUCUCAUAUGAUUUUAUGCAGCGCCAUAGUCUUCAUGAUGCUUCUUCACAGGCUAAACAGGUGGAAGUUAGGAUACAGGAGAACAAUCCUUGUUUUAUUUGGGCAGAUUCUGAAUUAUAAAUAUGAAGAGAUACAUGUUUAAUUAUAAAAUACAGAGUUGAUGUUUCAAAUAGAAAUAUUAAAAAUUAACUCCUGGAUAAAUUAAUGUUAAUUUAUCAGGAUAAUGGCAUCAUAGCAGGGGAGACUGGGGACGAUUGACACACUUUUUGUGUUUACCUUAAUUAUGACACAGUUUGGACUAGACUAAACAGAUGUACUAUAAUAAUUUGUUUUUGUCAUUUUGUUAUUGAUAAACCUAUGUUUUAUGAUUGAUUUUAGGAUAUUUUCUGAUCAUUUGAGAUACUGGACUCUGAUUUUCAUGAGCUUUAGAUCAACUUCGUUAUAUUAAAACAAAAUAGAUUUAAAAGAUUUUCACUUUUCAUGCAACAAGUAUGAGAUUAUCUAACAAUCGGCCUUUUUUAAUUUAAUAUUUUUUUUUAAAUGAACUUUUUAACGAUAUUCUAAUGUAUUCAGAUGCACAUGACUACGUAAAUGUCCCGAAACUGUGGACAUUUACGACACUAGUCAGAGACAGUUUGUAACACAUUGAAAGUUUUGCUUUUUCUUAAACAGAACUACUAUCAUACAAUUUUCUGUACUAUUAUUAGGUUGGUAAAAACAUCAAAUUAUUCUUUUAAGUAUUGUCUCAUGUAUGAAAUAUCAGUCCAUUCAAAGUAAACAUACAGAAGUUAGAUGUAAAAAACAACAAAAAAACUUUUAUAACACACUGCACAGAGCUGUUAAUGUGACAUCCUGUGAAUCUCUUGCCAAUUCAUUUGGCUGAUUGUUUUGAUAUUUAACAGGCUGAAAAGGGGCAUGUCACCACCUAUCAUAGCAGAGGUGGACUUACCUCUAUCAUUAAUUUGAUUUUUGCCCAGUGAAAUUGAAGGUAAAUAGAAUCUUUUGACUAAAUUGCAGGAGCACCCACCCGAACUGCAGUUUUCCUUGUGCUAAACUUCAGGCCUUAAUAAGAUCAAUAUGACGGUAACUUUUUAAGUUACAAUCUUAUAUAGUUGUCUUGAAUAAGAAUUUAAAUUUGUAUUUUUUUGCUCUUGAGUUGGACUUUGUAAAAUGGGGCUGAAUGGGUAUCGACUCACUUUGGAGCCAGCCUCAAGUGGACACUUUAGGAACUGCAGAUUUUGCCAUUUUGUUUUUACUUCACUUCUUUACCUCAGAGGCCUCAGCCAGACCUGUUUUAAUAUAAAAUACAGUCUGGCUGUUAUGUAUGUCCAGCUUUACUCCUCAUGUUGUGUAUAGCAAACAUGUUAUUCUUAUUGUAGCAGCCGCACCAUAUCAUCCAGAGGCGCCUGCUAGAGGCCAAGCUGACCCGAGGGAGACUGAACAUGUGUGGAGACACUCAUAACAAUGGAGGAGUCCUCCUGAACUGUUGUCAUUUACAUUCAAAUGAGGAUGAGGAAGAGGACAAGGAUGAGUUGAUUUAUGUGUCUGGCAAGGUGAGUGGAAAUUGAAGUAUGCUAUUUUUUCAUUUCAAUCACAUCAGUAUUCAUGUCCUUCAACCACUCCUGCUGCUCUGUGUGUUCACAGUGUUUAGGACAGGAUGUGAACCUGCUGAUCGACACCGGCUGCAAACUGAACUUAAUGUCCUCACUGACUGUGGAGAGAUCAGGGUGAGACAUUCACCAGCUGUCCUUUGACUGUUUUUCAGAUCACUUUUAGAGUUUAAUGAGUCACUCUGUGUUUGUUUGUUUUUGUUUUUUUUUUCCUAACAGUUGGAAAGAGCUGGUGGAAGAGAAUAAAAUGGACGAUGAUGGUUUUCCAUUUCAGCGGAAGAUCUGCAUCGAUGGACAAAUCAAAGAACUCAGCCUUACUGUCGGACAGCUCAGGAUAAUGUGCUCUUUUGUCGUAGUUGGUAAGAAAAGAGAAUAACUAUGCUUUAAUUAUGUCUUUUAAGAAAUAAUUAGGUAUUUUCUUGAUUUUUUUGUCUGCUUUUUUUUUUUUUGCAGAAAGUAACCAACCACUCAUGUCUCUGGGCUACAAGACUUUAAAGGCACUGAAGGUAAAUCAUCUUCUCAAGAGUUUAUUAUAACCAAAACUUACAAAUAACAAAGUCAAACUGUCUCUAAUACAGAAAUUUAAUAAAAUGAAUAGUAAGUGAAACAUAAUGUAUAAAGAUAAUAGAACCAAGUGAAACAAAUUUCCCCAAAUUAAAGCCAGAUAUCAAGAAAUUAGGUCUUCACUGAAGUAACAAAGCUAGAUGUGAAUAAAUUUAUCAGGAGACACUUCUGCUAUGGUUAUUGUAGGAUAAAUAAAAGUUUAUCUAGUCUUAUCUUUUGAAAUUCAUAUUUUAUGUCUGUUGAAUCCUUUUAUUUCUCUGUUUAAUUUGCAGACUGUGAUCGACACAGAGAAGCAGAUGUUGGUGUUGGGGAAAAACAUGAGGGAGCAGGUUCAGUUUGCCAAGAAGCCGAACAAUAAAAGGUAAGACUCUGUUUUUUAUGUUUAGUCAGUGUUAAAGCUAAUAAGGUCUUCAACAGUCCUGUUUAAAACCAUUAUUCAUGUUGUUGAUGGUCUUGUUUGCUUUUGGGUAUCAUAAAAAGGCAUUAGUAUGAACUUCAGUUUAUGUCAUAGAUGUCAAAAAAGCUCCCCACAGUAGCUUUAACAGCGUACAUCCUACAUCAAUACAGAGAUACUACAGUCAAUUCUGUACCAAUCUCAGUGCUGUAUUUUAAUAUGUCACACUAAAUGCACUUUGGAUCUUGUUGGGCUUGUUUGGAAAAAAAACAAAACAGGCACAGCGUCCAUAUUUGGAAAUUGCAAAGAAAACUAACAGCUGAAUCAGCUACACUGUACUUUUUGUUGUGAUAGUUGGGUUUCAGUUAAGUGUUUCUGCAGCUUUCCCUUCAAAUGAGCAAAAUUUCUAAACAACACCCAAGUAUUAAAUAAAAAAUCUCAUUACACUUUUUCUGCUUCUUUUUUCCUUUCGUUUUUCCUAUAGUUCCCACAACUUCAGCGACCUGUGA